UCCAAAGUUUCCUAAUUUAACUCAAAACCAACCAAUUUUGUACAAACCAAAAUCAAAAAACAAGAAAAGAAAUUCUUACUUUCAUUAUCUUCUUCCAUAUUACUUCUUUAUUAAUUUUUCUUCUUAAUUAUUCUCUCUUUCCAAAAUCAUAAUAACAACAAUGGAGGAACAGCUAAAGCUUAAAAUGAAGCUCAAGCUCAACAAUGGCGUCCGACCACCACUGUUCUCAAACUCAUUCAUCAUCUUCUUAUUCUUCAUUCUCUUUAACUCACCAACCGCAUUUUGCGUAAGCCGAAACAACACACUCUUCGGACUUUACUUAACAAAAUCCAAAACGGCGUCGUCUUCUUCCUCUGUUUCAACCCCACCAAAACAGAAUCCAAAACUUCCGUCACCGUCAAAAUCUCAGCAAACGUUUGCCGUUAAACCAAACCCUAACCAACCCACCACCACCACCGACAACGACGACCCCAAAAGCAACGACUACAUCUUCUCACGUUCAUCAUCAAUGCCGAUUCCCACACAGCCACCGACGACAACUCCGCCGGAGAUUAAGAAAAUCUGCGACAACACCGAUUACCCUUCUCUCUGCGUUGCUUCGUUAACCCCAUUUUUGAGUGGGAGAGGGAAAGCGGAGCCGAUUUCUCUUCUGGGUCUGGCUAUUAAGGCGACGACUGUUCACGCCAAGAAAGCUCUGGCCAUGGCGUCGAAGCUGGCGGCGGCUCCGGGAGCGUCGAAGGGAGAUGUGAUGUCGUUGGAGAGCUGUAAAGAGAUCUAUGAUGAUGCCAUUUCUAACCUUGAAAAUGCUAAUGAAGCGGUGGGGAGUCGAGAUAUUGGGACGGUGAAUAGUAUGAUGAGUGCGGUGGUGACUGAUUCGGAGAAUUGUGAAGACUCUUUUGAUGGAGAUUCGCCAUUGUUUAAGUAUGAUGAUAAGCUUAGGAAGAUGGCUAGUAAUUGUUUAGCCAUUGCUUCUUUAAUCAAUUGAUUAUUAUAUAAUUAUAUAUUUAAUUUAUGUAUGGUUUAGCUAAUAAUAUAAUAUAAUAUAUACAUGUUUUUGUUAUUUAGAUUUUUAGAGUAAUUUUAGUACUAUGAUUUAUACAGUUGUUUAAUAUGAGAAAUGCUAAAAACAAAUCGGUUGCUUUGCUCCUAAUUUGUAUUUUUGUUGUUGUAUUUAAGUAUCAAAUUCUACAUCAAUUGAAUAAUUGUUAUAAAAAAUAAUUACUUACAUAAAUGACAUGUCUUGAUAUUGUUUUGGGUAAAUAUUAUUUUAAAUUCUGUCUUUUUGUAAAAUUUUUAAUUAAAUAUUUAAUUCUGUUAAAUGAUAAAUUAAAUAUUAUAUUUUUUUUUUUAGGGUAACUGAUACAGUUUAAAAUAACAAAGUAAUAAAGUUACGCAACAAGAAGAGGAUUUUCUUCCAUCUAUAAUAGUUCAUUGUCUAUCCUAAGAGCAUGCAGAGAUACCCUAGGAGAGCUAGACAAUCAAACCAUAAUAUCAGAAAAGAAAACCUCAAAACUGAGAGUUGUCACUUCCGAACCACUAGUAAAACACCAGCAAAAUAAAGAGAAAUUAAUUAAUACAUAAUAAAUAUUUAAUAAAAAAAAUGAAAUUUCCCUUAUAAAUAAAAUAAAAUAAAAUAUGAAAUUUUAUAUAAAUAGUCACAUAGAAUUCUCUGACGU